ACGCUCGAUCCCGUCAAAUAUCCAGCCCUUUAUGAUCUCUGCUAACCUACGCCGAUAGCACGAUACACCCCAGCAGAAAUAACAACAACUCGUUCUUCUAAAAAUCAUUCAUCGUUCUUCAGAGAAAACCUAAGUUUAUUUCAGAGAGCAGAGAAAAAUUUAGAAAAACAUGGAAAGCAUCUUGAAGAAGCCAUCUCCAAAAAAUGGAGGUUUCUAUGAAUCUGCAUAUAAACUGUUUAUGCGUCGGAAUUCGGUAUACGUAACUGUGAUCAUAAUUGGUGCUUUUGCUGGUGAGAGGGCAGUGGAUUAUGGUGUGAAGACGCUUUGGGAAAACAACAAUAAAGGGAAGCGGUACGAGGAUAUUUCCGUCCUGGGACAAAGACCAGUUGAAGAAUGAGUCCAAUCUGUUUUCUGGGUUUCAUGUGCUAGAACUGAAGACAUUUAAGUUUUUUUUUUGCUGGCGAAACAAUUUUUAUUUAUUUUUUGCUGUUUUCACUUUUUUUUAGGAAAAUAAGUACAACUAUAAAAAUGCUCAUGAUUCAGUUGAGCUGUGUAUUCUUGUGCCAAAAUCAGAUGUUCAGGUGUUUUGACUCCAAAAGACUUGUGCCAAGAUCAGUAAUAUGACACAUAUUGUCCCUUUAGAAUUUCUGUUUGUAGCCCUCGUCCUGUUUCCACUUGUUUUGCAAUUUUCUGUUUUUCCGCAAUCUAAUUCCUCUUAUU